AUGCAGUACGUCCGCAAUAUCAGCGACUCCGUCUCUACCGCCUGGAACUCGAUCAAUCCGGCUACCCUAAGCGGAGCUAUCGACGUCAUCGUCGUGCAGCACGAAGAUGGCACCUUAUGCUGCUCUCCCUUCCACGUCCGCUUUGGAAAGUUCUCUCUGCUACGGCCUUACGAGAAGAAGGUCGAGUUCCGGGUCAACGGAGCCAAGCAGGAAUAUGCGAUGAAGCUUGGCGAAGAGGGCGAGGCCUUCUUCGUAUUCGAGACCAACGAUACCAUACCUCAGAGCCUCCAGACCUCGCCUCUCAGCUCCCCGGCUUCCAGUCCAACCUUUCUGCCAGAUCGCUCGUCCACCGACCUCCAAGAGCCGGACUUUUUACAGUUAGAUAGCGAAGCCGGGAGGUCACGAUCUACCACUAUAUCGCGUCCUCAACCUGCCGUACUCUCUUCUCAAGUCGCCAGUUCAGGUGUGGUCGCACCUAGCGCGUCGUCCCCCGAACUAUCCGCUGGCCGACCAAGCUCGAUACGAUCGCCCAGUUCUGCGAGACGUCCUUCUUACAGCGAUGAAGCAUUACCGGGCAGCCGGUAUACCUUCACCGAACGCGACGAUUCGAAUCAUGAUUCGAACGAAGCGGACGAUCUAAUUCCCCAACGGCCGCUAAGCCCGCCCCCUCUAGCGCCUCGAGAAGCGAUCCAGCGGGCCAUGACACUAUCGAAAGAGUUAUCGGCGGUCAAUAUUCCUAGCCGAGUGACCGAGACAGGCGAUCUCAUGUUAGACAUGACCGGAUACAAGGCUAGCGAAGAGGACGCGAUCAAGGCGGAGAUCCUGGCGCGCAAAAUACUAUCCGAGGAGCUCCAAGGCGACUACGACAUCGGCGCGCUGUUUGGCAUGGACGAAGAGGGUAAUCUUUGGAUAUACAGUAGCGAGGACGCUAAAGAGGCUGCGAUGAAGAAGACGAUGACGUCCCUCCGACCGUCGCCUACGCUCGCCAUCGACGCCGCCUCGGAUCCCGGGUACCAGAGCGACGACUCGACCGCGUCGACGCAAGCGUUAUCUCACAGAAGAACCGAGUCUGACGUAGGUCAGAGCGUGAUCCAGACCCCACCCACCACGCCGGGAUCAACAUUAUCUGCCGGCAACCCGAACAAGAACUACGCAAAAACCCUCCGGCUGACUAGUGACCAGCUGAAGGCGCUCAACUUGAAACCGGGGGAGAACUCGAUGAGCUUCACGGUGAAUCGCGCAACAUGCCAGGCAUAUAUGUAUCUCUGGCAGCACGAUACCCCCGUUGUCAUAUCGGAUAUUGACGGCACCAUAACGAAAUCGGAUGCUUUAGGUCAUGUGCUGAACAUGAUCGGGCGCGACUGGACGCAUACGGGCGUCGCGAAGUUGUACAGCGACAUUGUAGAAAACGGGUACAACAUAAUGUACCUCACUAGCCGUUCCGUCGGCCAGUCCGACACCACGAGAGCCUAUCUCUACGGUAUCACCCAGGGCGGCUAUCGCCUCCCUAGAGGCCCCACCAUCCUGUCUCCGGAUCGGACGAUGGCUGCCCUGAGGCGAGAGAUAUAUCUCCGUAAGCCGCACGUAUUCAAGAUGGCCACUCUGCGGGAUAUCCGGAGUCUGUACGGCCAGGAUAACCACUGUUUUUACGCCGGUUUCGGGAACCGACUCACGGACCAGAUCUCGUACCGGACGGUGGAUGUGCCGAGGAACCGCAUCUUCACCAUCAAUUCGAACGCCGAGGUGUCGUUAGAUCUCCUGAGCCUCAACAAGCUAAAGCUGAACUACGUGAACAUGACCGAGGUCGUCAAUCAUUACUUCCCCCCCGUCAGCACACUCGUCAAGGGGGGCGGGGUCGAGUACACCGACUUCACGUACUGGCGUGACACGCCCCUCGAACUGAACGAGUUCUCAGCCAGCGAGUCCGAGGAGGCCGAAGGGGGGGAAUAUUCGGCGGACGAGGAAGAUGAUGAAGGGGAUCAAGGUGACGACGACGAAGGCGAGGAAGAAGACGACGAAGAAGCUUACGAAGAAGACGAGGACGAGGAAGUCGGCAACCUGGGCGACAGCUACAUCUCGAGGGCCGAUGAGGACUAUGAUGCCGAUGACGCCAGGGAUGAGGAGGAUGAGGAGGAAGACGAGGAGGAGGAAGCAGAGGUGGCGGAACCGGCGAAAGGCGACGCUCACGCGCACGCCCAGCUCCGCGAGGGCGACGGCCGAGAGGAGGAAGAUGACCGCAUCGAGUACGGGAACAGGAAUGACUCUCCACCAGCACCAGUAGCGCGCGACGUUGACGCCGAGAUCAUUACGGGCAUGGACGCCCUAGACGUGGCGGCCGAUAGGGAGGAGAAGUCGGAAGAGACGAAGGAGAUGGUUGAUAAGGUGUAAUACAGAGCAGUGGCGUGAGUCAAGAGAGGCGAAGAGCGCCGCAACCCUCGCGGACGUAGACCAACCGGGAGCGUCGGGCUGGAAUGCGCGGCCACAUACAUGCGCACGCACGCAUGGGGGCGGUGAUCCGCGCGACCCACGACCGAUCUAAGAUAGAUAGAGAAGGGGGGGAGGCCACCUUGUACAUACCUUCUUCAGCUCACCGUGUUCUUGUCGGCUUAGCAUAGCGUGGGCGUUUUUUCUUUUCUCCCUUUAGCCUAGCAUAUUUGUAUUGCCGCCGCC